GUUACUGUUGUAGUGAUGGUGGUGGGUGAUGAUGACCUUCUCUCUUUAAACUUUCUCUACCUUCAUUAUGCACUACAGAUUACGCAAGUUGUUGAGUUACCAGAGACACAAAUAGAGCUUCCCAGAGGGAUGUUUGUGGUGAGGAGGGUGGUGUGUGGCCCCGCCUCCCUCUGUUUUCUGACAACAGUCGCCCAAGAAGCAACAACCAAGAAACCAGAAGGUCCAAUAACUUUGUAUAAUAACUAUGUUGCAGAAAACAAACUCUUUUAUGAUGAGUAUCAGAAGAACGUUGUUGACGAACUUCAGCGUUGUUAUGAAGAGGUGUUAACAUACACACCUCCAGCUCCACCAAGCAUGUUGCAGAAGUUUCUGGGCUGGCAGAAGGUGGUGACUCCCCCCAGUGGUGUUUAUAUAUGGGGAACUGUUGGUACCGGCAAGACCAGGCUGAUGGAUCUCUUUUUUGACUGUGCCCCCUUCAACAGAAAAAGAAGGGUGCACUUCAACUCAUUCAUGUUAGAUGUUCACAAGAGGAUACACGCUGAGAAGAAGAACAUCAAGAAGAUUCACUCCCCAGACCAGGCACGGUACUUUGAGCCGGAUGGAACGUACACCAUUAAUCUGAGACCAUACGACCCCAUCCCACCUGUAGCUAGAUCCAUUGCUGAUGAAUCUUGGCUCAUAUGUUUUGAUGAAUUCCAGGUGACAGACAUUGGUGAUGCUAUGAUACUGAAACGGUUGUUCACAGAAUUAUUUAAUAACGGCAUUGUUGUUAUAGCAACAAGUAAUCGACACCCAGAUGACUUGUAUAAAAAUGGUCUCCAGAGAUCAAACUUUUCACCAUUCAUUCCUAUACUUAAGUCUCACUGUGAGGUGAUCAACUUAGACUCAGGUAUAGACUAUAGGAUGCAGCAGCUCUCAGGGUCACAGAAAGCUUUCUUUGUUAAGUCAGAAUGUGAUGCAGAGGCUGAAGUUAAGGCUUUAUUUAAGAUCUUCAGUGCAGAAGAAACAGAUGUUGUUCGCCCUCGCACCCUCACGUAUCAUGGUAGAAAUGUGACGUUUCAAAAGACCUGCGGUGGUGUAUUGGACAGUACAUUUGAGGAACUGUGUAACAGAGCUCUUGGUGCAUCAGACUACCUGCAGUUGUGUCAUGUGUUCCAUACCAUCUUCAUCAAGGACAUCCCCAUCCUCAACCAGAGGUCCAAGGGCCAGGCCAGACGCUUCAUUACUCUUAUUGAUACUUUUUAUGACAACAAGGUGCGGAUUGUGUGCACCAGUGAUGUUCCUCACACUCAGAUCUUCAAGGGAGAUGAAGGUCACUCAGAAUUUGUAGACAAGGAAAGUCUUAUGUUAAUGGAUGAUUUAGGAUUAAAGGAGAAAAACCAAAGUACAAAGGCCAUAAACAUCUUUACCGGAGAAGAGGAAAUGUUUGCUUUUGACCGCACCGUAUCCCGCCUCACACAGAUGAUGACCCAGGAGUACUGGCAGGAGUACAACUCUCAGAUGCGAUGAAAAUAGUAAUUGGUACAUUUUAGUUGCUGAAAAUAUUAGUUUUUAGAAUUUUUUAAAAUAACUAAUAAGAAUAUAUUUAAUAAUCUCAGAAUUAAUUAUUAUAUUUUGCUUAUGAACAUUUGCUGUUUAAAAACAAUAUUUCUUAUUUAUAUACAGUAGUUUGAAUAAAGUUGACUAUUAUACUGUAAUAAAUGUACAACACAACAUUCACAUAUUUCAAGAGGCAACAAGGAAAUUUACCAAUGGGGAUCCAAGAGUUCAUCACAUGUGUGUCGUCCACAUUGUAGAUUAACUUGAUAUUAGAGUUUUUAUGAGUUGUUACUAUUAAUGUAACACACAAUCAGACUAUUUAUUGUGCUAGAGAAGCAGUCUUGUCUUUAGCCAUUGCCUUGACUUCCAUGUGUUCAUGUAUGUGUUCAUCUGCUCAUGUUAUGCACUGCCAGAUGGAUGAGAGUUGUUCAGUAAAUGAUGAAAUUGUGUCUAGGACUAGAGGGAGACUUGUUAUAUUGGCUUGCAAAGACGAGUUAGAACACGUCUUAUUUGUACAGUACAAUAUCAGGAACUCUAUUGUUUCGUUCAAUAAUUUAGCCUUGGUAAGCUGUUAUUGUCUGCCCAGUUUGGAUUUGUGAACUGAACAGUGGGCAGUUAUCAAAUUUUACUUAUACUGUAGACAUAUACCUUGUGACUAACAAAUUUACUGAAUGCAAAUUGUGUUUCAUGUAAGAGUUUUGGCUAGGAAGGACUUGAAAAUGUACACAAAAACUGUCCACAGACUCGCAUAGUAUGAUGGUUAUAUCCCCUACUCGUCAAGUUGGGGGAGACAUACAGGAGCACCUCACUGAAUAUACAGUACAAUAUACUCUUGAUUUAACGGAAUCCGAUGUAUUGAACUCUCGAUUUAGCGUAAGGAAUUUUUUCCAUUAUUUUUCACUUGAUUUAAUGAACUAGUUUGCUAAAUUAAGAUUAAUUACGUACAUAGAAACAUUAUUCAUGGCUUACCUUAAACUAGAGGGUUCAGUGUUUGUAGUAUUUUUUUCUAUAAUUUUCAAACUUUUUCCAAUUGAUACCUGCACUCUUUUGACUUUCUCCCCCACACCACUUCCUUUCUGAAACUUCUGAGAGACUUUUGGCAUGAUGUCAAAUCACAGUAGCUAGUCGACUGAGAGGUAGCGGUGAACAACACAUGCAGUGGCGAUAGAACACAGACUGAGCUGAUGUAAACAAGCCCCAUGUGCCAAGCGGUGCAUUUGGCGUUGAAUUUAACGGAAUCGUGCUCGAUUUAGCAAACUAGCUCGCUAAAUCGAGAGAAAAUAACGGAAAUUUGAUUUAGUGAAAAUUUUGAUUUAAUGGAAAGAGGUUGCUCAAAUUUGUUCGUUAAAUCAAGAAAAUACUGUAUUGUAUCACUUCUCACGAUUCAUGUUGGGUAAAUAAAUUGUAUCCCCCUUAGAUACAGUGAAGGAUGAGUAGAAAUUAGUGAAACAGUAACAUGACUUGAGAAAUGGAAAAAUGUGAAAAGUAACCAAUAUGUUUUGCAUAAGACAUGAAAAAAUAGAAACGUGUGGUUAAAAAAUUUAUUUUACCUAAAGCAUAAAAGGACUGGUAUGAAUGUUUUUAAUGUACAAAUGCAACAGAAAAAGGAAACGUUAUGCAUAUAUUCUUCCAAAUACCUUUCAUAUAUAUAUAUAUAUAUAUAUAUAUAUAUAUAUAUAUAUAUAUAUAUAUAUAUAUAUAUAUAUAUAUAUAUAUAUAUAUAUAUAUAUAAUCAGGUCAGGAGCAUUGUACUGUAGCUACCUCACUACAUGAAUUUUUCAAUGUUAGAGAUUUAUAAAAUGAAUAAGUUUUGCUGUUUUCUUUAUGUAUGGUAAAUGAAAUUUCAUGGAAAAAAUUGAAGAUAAAACAUAAACAAUUGAAAUUGAAUUGAUAUAACAUGUAUACCAUUCACCCAAACUUCAAAAGUGCACCACUUACACACUCACUGUCUCACAGCCUGUUGUACUGUUCAUCAUGACUGUGACAGAUUUUUUUUUAAUAGUAAGUUGGAAUUUCCACCCUAACAAUGUCUUCCAAGAAAAUCCUAAGAGAUGAUAAUGCUUGUAAUGGUGGAAAGAGGAGCACAGUAUAUUACUCUGUGGUGACGGUGGAACAAACAAGGAUAUGGCCAAACAUAAGUCACUCCUUGAUGGAAGGUCAGCAUAGUUUUAUAGUUUUAUAGGUUUAGGUUACAGAGAAGUGAAGGGUUGACUACUUCUAGCCCUUUUGUGUGAAGAAGCCAGUUUCACCAGAAUUUGAAAAUAUGUAACGCAUCAAUGCAAACUGAUGAUGAUGUGGUGACACUCACACCUAUAAUGCCAUACUUCAAUAAAUCUCUGCUCUAA